AUGCCCGUCCCGGCGCUGUUGCGGUUCGCCUGCGAUGACUAUAUCUGUCUUCUGGUGCCGGCGAGUAUUGCUGAUCACUUGCAGCUGUGCCGCUGGUUUUCCAGCAAUAAUGCUGCGCCCCAAGUCAUUGAGGAUAUUGCGGCACGCACUCAUGGCAAGAUUGCUUCUGAGAUAUUUUCUAUCAUAGCGGCCCAUACCAGAGUCAAACAGCGACAGCAGCAGACCGCCACCAACAGUGUCACUGAUGCUCCCUUGCGGCGUUGGCUGGCAGCGUGCAUUGGAGUGAUAUCGCUCAAGCGCUUGGGAAUCAAGCCGCCACGGGAAGUCUUGCUGCACAGGCCACCCGAAACCGCCAAAAUAAUGAUGGCCAGGGCAGCAGCUACCGAUAUCUCUGCGAACCUUAUAGCCAUGGCGAUCCUCGAUAUGAUCAAGGGUGAGGUCGGCGAGUCCGGUAAGGCUCUCGCCUCCGCAUUUGAGAGCGCCAAGCGUAGCCCGGGCAUUGUCGGCAAAAAACUCAUUUUGCAACUGUUCCUUGAAAUGGACAAUAUCUCCAAGGACACUAGUGUAGUUAUACUGGCUGGCACCAGCGCCCCACAUUUGAUGGACGAGUCUAUUUUGCGCGCGGGCAAGCUGGACAAAAUAAUGCACAUGCCGCGACCCGGGUACGCCAGUCGACUGGAUAUUUUGAAGCACGCCACCAGGAAUUUGGCUGUCGAGGACACGGACACAUUGUUCACAUGGCUGGUCGAACUGGAGAUGAGCAGGGCCGAGCUCAAGGGACUGAUUCUGCGCAGUCGCAUCAACGACCACUGA